UCAAGCAUUGUUAUAUCGCUUUCUAUGAUGAUGAACCUAUGACGCCAAACCAUGCAUCUGCAACAAUAAAUAUAGCUUCGUCUCAGACACUUGUUCUCUUUAAUUCUAAUUUUUGCCCAUCCACACUUUAUGAUUGUAUCUGUCAUCUGUACCAUUCCCAACUCCUCUUUAUGUCGAGGUAUGUUUUUAUAAAUUUCAUUUUAGAAUUUUGCAGAUAUUUUUAUUAAGUAAAGUUGAAGUUUAGUGAAAAAAUUAUGAAACAAACUGAAAUUAAUGUAUGAUGUAGUAGCAAGUGAUCCAUAGAAAUAAAUUAUUUUCCUUUUUUUUGUGUCACUUUUUGAUAUAUAUCCUCAUAAAUCUUAAGAAAAUAGUUCAUUAAAACUUAUUUUAAAAUCUAACACAUAAUAAAAUAUAAUAUUUAGAAUAAUUAUUUUCUUACAGAGAAUGUAAUUAAUUACAUGAGAUGCAAUUAGAAAAGAUUUUAAAAUAAUAAAUGUUGAAUGAUCGUUUGUAAAUAUUUCCCUAUUAAUUAUGAUGAAUAGUAAAAGUUAGAAAUUUUCUCAUCUUUCUCGAUACAACAUCCUAAACCCUGAACAAGAUUUGUGUGUUGAAGUUUCGCAAUAAGCAUAGCUUCGUUCUUGAACUCCACUAAACCUUGACCAGAUGCUAGAGACAGUUUCUUGAUUGCCACUUCUUCCCCAUUUAUUAACUUCCCCUUAUAUACAGGGCAGAACCAAAAAAGGUUAGAAAUGUGGGAAAAAAAAAGUAAAAGUUAGAAAUUUAGCAUAUAUAGUAAAAACUCAAAAGUAUUAGAAAAGAGUUAAAAAAAUCGCUACAAUCAAAAUUUGAAUCUUCCCUAGCAAAAUGCAUAGAUAAUUCAUAAUUGUGAUUUGACUAUUUGAGAGUUGAGACGUAAUCCAAAACAAACCUAGACUUUUAUUUUAUUUUUUUGGGCAACAAACCUAGAUUUUAUGUGUUGUGGUUGUUUCUAAAGUAUUACGAAUUGGUUUAAAGUUUAAAGUUUAAACAAACAACAGCUUUAAAUAGGAUGCUUUUAUCGUCGAUCGGCACAAAAAAAAAACAAAAAGGCUUUAUCGUCGGCACAAAAAUAUAAAUAAAUAGGAUGCUUUAAUCGUUUAAAAAUCACAAAAUCACCUAAAAGGGAAAAUAAAAUAAAACCAAAACGAUCGCAACAGUGCAUAAUUGCGCAUUAGGUGGACAAUCCCACGGGCAACACAUGCCCCUCUGUCUAUUUCACUUCCUCUUUUUCUAAUAAAUAAAAAUCUUAUGUUAGAUGUUUCUUUUCUUUUUUAUUUAAAAUAAGAAUCCCAAAAAUAUAAAUAAAAGAAAAUUUAGACAGAGACACAGAGGAACAGAACUGAGUCCACUGGUGUGAUUGGUCGACAAAAAAACGAAUGCAGAGAGAUAGAGAGAGAGAGAGAGAGAGAGAGAUCCAAACUUCAUCUUCUGUUGUUUCGAAUUCGUCGCUCCAAUCAAAAGACUAGAUUAGGAUGGAGAACAAACCAAGUGUAUUAACUAGUAGAUACGAGGUUGGGAGGUUAUUGGGUCAAGGCACUUUUGCAAAAGUAUAUUACGGAAGGAGCAAUCAUACAAACGACGGUGUAGCUAUCAAGAUGAUUGAUAAAGACAAGGUUAUGAGAGUCGGGCUAAGCGAGCAGAUCAAACGAGAGAUCUCUGUCAUGAGGAUUGCUAAACACCCUAACGUCGUCCAGUUAUACGAAGUUAUGGCAACCAAGUCUAGGAUUUACUUUGUCAUCGAGUAUUGUAAAGGCGGUGAGCUUUUCAACAAGGUUGCAAAAGGCAAACUUAAAGAUGUUGCUUGGAAAUAUUUUUACCAGCUUAUCAGCGCGGUUGAUUUUUGCCAUAGUCGUGGAGUUUAUCACCGUGACAUUAAGCCGGAGAAUCUCUUGUUGGAUGAUAAUGACAAUCUCAAGGUUUCUGAUUUUGGUUUAAGCGCGCUUGCUGAUUGCAAACGUCAAGAUGGUCUUUUGCAUACGACUUGUGGUACACCUGCUUAUGUUGCCCCCGAGGUUAUUAACCGUAAAGGAUAUGAUGGUACGAAAGCGGAUAUUUGGUCUUGUGGUGUUGUCUUGUUUGUGCUUUUGGCUGGCUAUCUUCCUUUUCAUGACUCUAAUCUCAUGGAGAUGUAUAGGAAGAUAGGUAAAGCAGACUUCAAGUGUCCCACCUGGUUUGCUCCUGAAGUAAAGAGACUUUUGUGUAAGAUGUUGGACCCUCACCAUGAGACUAGAAUCACUAUUGCUAAAAUCAAGGAGAGUUCUUGGUUCAGAAAAGGUUUGCAGUUGAAGCAAAGAAAGAUGGAGAAACAAGUCAGAGAAGCUGCUGCUAAUAGUCCAGUGGAAGCUGCUGGAGGUGCAGGUCCAAGUGAAAACGGAGAAAGCCACGAGCCGCCUCAGCUUGCAAACUUGAACGCUUUUGAUAUUAUCGCUUUGUCUAUGGGGUUUGAUCUGGCAGGACUUUUGGGGGACUUGUAUGACAAGAGAGAAUCAAGAUUCGCGUCUCGGAAACCUGCUUCAGAGAUCAUUUCUAAGCUAGAGGAUGUUGCCAAGUGCCUUAAGCUGAAGAUAAGAAAGCAAGACGCAGGCUUGUUUAAACUGGAACGGUUAAAAGAAGGAAGGAAAGGAGUUUUGACGAUGGAUGCAGAGAUAUUCCAAGUGACGCCUACGUUUCACCUGGUUGAAGUCAAGAAAUGUAAUGGGGAUACAAUAGAGUAUCAGAAGCUAGUGGAGGAGGAUCUUAGACCUGCUCUGGCAGAUAUUGUUUGGGUUUGGCAAGGAGAGAAGGAGAAGAAAGAAGAGCAGUUACCGCAGGAUGAACAAGAAGAGCAAGAACCAUUGUAGUGCGAAGCUGCAUAGAAAACAGAAGCAAGCACAGGAGUUGUAGGAGGAACACAAAGAAGACGAGAAACUCUCUCGCGGCUUAAGCUGAAAGAGAAGCAGCAUCAAGGAAACCUCAAACGAACGAGAUAACUAUGAGAAACAAAAGCAGAGGAGAGGAAAACAUACACAAAGUUGAGAUUGUUUUUUUACAUAUAUAGCCUAGCAAAAAAAAAUUGUAGAGAAAGUUGAUUGUUGUAACAAUUACGAGCUCUCGCGUGAAGUUUUGAACUUGUAUUGUGUAACUUUGAGUACUACCGUAUAUGAAUGACUGAAGAUUUGAUCGAGA